AUGGCGUUUGGCCAAAUGAUGCACUUCCCAUUCUCAGGACCGAUGCCCAUCAUGCCUCAAAACUGGAUCGCUCUCAUGCCCUGUCCUGUCGAGGAAUCACCUGAGUUCGACCUGGACCAGAUAGGAAGAAAGUCUCUUUCCCUGCCUCUUAACGCGUCGGCGAUUGUCUUUUAUGAGACGACCAAUGAGGACUGCCGGGGUUAUGCAGAGAUUAUUGAUGAUGAAGGCGAUUCUUUCCCUCCAGUUAUGGUUCUGGAUGCUCUGUCGGCGAAGAGGUUGAUCUUGACGUUAGACAGUCUUUCUUAUGGGACGACUGCUAUGGCUUCUCUUGCCAGGACUGAUCCCGACUCUAAGGCGACGGCGAUCCGGAUCAGCACAACUCCUAUCAGAGCAGAUGACAACGACAAUGAAGAGACGACAGACGCGGGGACAAGAGAGGAGAGCACAACUCCCGACUCACUAGACACGUUCGAGAAGGAAGAGCUUCCUAACAAGGCAGCUAAACGACCUCUCCGUCGUCAAAUCGUCAUCUCCAUGCCCGGGCUCGCAUCCAUGGUCGAUUCUUUCACAGCGGGGGCAGUCAUUCAAGCACGGAGGGUGCUGGUCAACCUGGGGCUGGAUACUCAGGACACAGUCACCGACGAACAGCUAGACGUCGAUGAUGAUCGUAGAGAGAGGGGGAGGGACGAUGCAGACUAUUACCGCCCGUUGACUGCCGCCAUGUUGUUGAAGGAUGGAGGAGUCAGAUCUCGGAAGGCGGCGUACUCUGGACCUGAGGCUGCUGAUGUUGACUCGCACGGACUGGAUCAUGAUCGUGGUCAAGACAAGGAGAAGGACAAAGGGAAGGGGAAAGAAGGCACUGCGUCUCGAGCAUUCAUCUUGCAGCGACACUCAAAAACGAGGACACGACCCAACCGUCUAUCGCAGCGUGGACACCAAGCAUCGACUCAAUCCCAACUCCUCGACCAAGUCCAGUCGUUGAUGCUCCUGAAAGAAUACCCUCAAUACAACAGAGGACGCCAAAGUCUCCACCGCCACAGUGAUCUCCAGCAUAACAAUAACAACAAUAACCUCCCCCUCGCCCACCCCGACAACACAACCAUCUCCGGAAAAGUCGCCAUGGUGCUGAUGAGCACCAUCUGCGGGAUCGGCGUAGGCAUGUUUGGCGCUCUCCUCUUCGUCGUGGCUCUCAAAGUCCGACUCUUCCAGUCCCGACGAUCCAACAACUCGGGAUCAGGCCUCCACCCACUCCGCCACGCAACCGCUGCACAACAACAGCAAGCCCACCAACAGAUGCGCGAGAGUGGAGUCAAAAAAGUCAUUCCGCUUGGAGUGCUGGAGAGUUAUGGGGUUCAGACGGUGCUUCAGAUGUCGGAUGCGACCAUGGUCUUGACGGCGGUGAGUGAGAAGUCCAAGGCAAAAAUGGCGUUGUUGAGUAAAGGACCCAAGACUUUUGCGGAGGAUAUGAUUGAGAUGGAGGAGGGGCUUGAGGAUGCGGAGGCGAGGGCCAAUGCUCGGCGGCUGCGGUUGGAGAGGAGGAGGAAUCGGGUAGGUGGUCCAGGGCAGCUGCGACUCGGACAAGAUAUUGAGGAGGAAGACGAGGAAGAAGAGGAGGAGUCUGGUUCUGGCUCGGACGAGGACGAGUAUGACGAUGACGAUGAUGUUGACGAGGACUUGGAUCAAGACGAGCAGGACAGAUAUCAGGAACACGGACAGUACAGCGACGAAGAGGAAGAUAACGGUGACCAAGUUGUUCUCGAGAUGAGGUCCAGUCGCGACGGAGGAUCCAUGGACAUGGAACAGAUCACAGCGGCUAUUAUGACGGCAACGAGGCAGGGAUCAUACCGACGUGUGUCGUACAGUCGCCAGGGCCAUCUCAACGACUCGACGUCGUCUUUGUCUUCUUCUUACUCUUCUUCUUCGACCUCGUCGUCUUCUGGAUCCAGUUCAAGUUCGAGCUCUCAUUCCAUGGAGCGAGCAUUGACAUCCUCUUUCUCAUCGUCGCUGUCUCGGCCCGAUAACCCUCAAGGCUGCACCCACUCGAUCACUCACUCCCACUCCCACGAACAGCGCAGGAGGACAAGGAGCAGCAGGCGCAGGAAGACGCGCACCAAGGACGAGAGAGCCUUAGCAGAGGCGAAGAAGAAAGAAGAGCUUCCGUUUGCGAAUGCAAAUGCGCAGACGAUGUGCUCGAUCUGUCUGGCCGAGUAUGAGGUCGGCGAACAGGUUCGAACAUUACCGUGUUAUCACCAGUACCACCAGGGGUGCAUUGAUCCGUGGCUGCUGAAUGUUGCGGCGCUGUGUCCGAUCUGCAAGCGGGACCUGUUCCCUUCUCCUGCUUGCGGCAGUGCACCUUUGUCAUAG